AUGUUAUCAACGACAUCAUUCGAUAACGCCGCAGCAAUGUUACCAGCCUCGUGUUUCUACCCGCCAUCGCAACCUCCCAAAUGGGUGACCAACGACGAAGAAACCAUAAAUCGUUUCACAACAACGGUUGAAGUGAAAUAUCCGAGCAGCAGCGCCGAUCAGCAGUUCAGGUAUCAACCGGAAAUGCGAUGGCCCACCGAAUUUCCCUACCAAUUCCAAUUUACCUCCCCAACCACCGUAAAUGAAUCGUGUCCCACCGAUCCAUUUCCGUCCACCUCAGUCGCAUUGCCGAACGCUUACAAAAUGGAUCCUACUUGUUAUUAUCCCAAUACAAUAAUACCAUCCAGCUAUGCGGCUACAACUCCCACCGGCUAUUUCACUGCAUCACAUCAACUUUCUCAGUGGAAGGUAAUUAUUGAACAUCUUCGUGAUAUGCCGUCCAGUGUUCAUUCAGCACAUUCAAUAAAAUCGAACGGAACCGUCAUACGUCCACCUGUAAAUGUCUCCACAACUGCACCACCGUAUCGAACUGGUCCUGGAACAAAUAAUGUCAGAGUGAGAACAAGUGAGAAGUAUCGAAUGGUGUACACAGAUUUCCAACGGUUGGAAUUGGAAAAAGAGUUCCGAACCACACAAUUCAUAAACUCUGAACGAAAGUCUCAACUAUCAACCGAGUUACAACUCACUGAACGACAAAUCAAGAUUUGGUUCCAAAAUCGUUGCAAUGGCGUGAAGUGUUUUGACUAUAUGGGGGAUGUCGAUGAAAAUAUAACCCCGAAAGAUUACCUCCUCGAAAGUAUACGUCCGCAACAACUAACAAACUUACGUAGUCCUCUUUUCGUGUGA